GGCUCUUUGAUUCAGUGGCAGUGGCUGAGACAACCCCGUUACCGGCCACCGUUAACCCGUGUAACUACGAGCUCCGAUCAUACUCAAGAUCCACAUCUCAUGGUAAAGAUUUCCCUAGAGGACAUCGCGUCUUCUUCGCGUCUCUGCAGCCGAAAUCAAAGAGGACAUUUGCCCAAAGUAAACUUUUAUAAGAACACAGAUUCAUACUGGAUGACGGCAAAGUCAGAAGAUGCUUUGUGUGUCUGAUGAGCGCAAAAUCUGCCAGUCAAAGUCCGUCAGUCAGAGCUUGGCACAUGAAGGAGUACCUGUGAUGAAGAAACCCGCAAGAAGCUCCACGCGGUAAGAAGUGGAAGAGUGCUGUUCAGAGAGAAAGAUCAGACAGAGGAGAGUGGAGGCCAAAGAACAAACACCAGCGCGUCCUCAAAUGAUGGGGAUAAAGCACCUUCUGCUUCUUUUGAUUUACUUAGACCCGCUGAAUGUCCUGUGCGCCGUCACCGCCAACAAAAAGAACAAAAUCUCGAAUAAGAGGACCCCAAAGUUGAAGGAGGUCAACGGCAGCACCACCGCGGUCCCGCUGGCCGCGGCCGUCCCGGGGAGGAUCACCCAGGUCCAGGCUCCCACGGUCCAGCACGACACCUGCCUGGGCUACUACGACGUGAGCGGGCAGUACGACAAAGAGUUCAGCUGCAACAACACCGACCACCGCUUCUGUUGCGGCAGCUGCUUCCUGCGCUUCUGCUGCGCGGACCGGGGGAAGCGGCUGGAGCAGAAGAGCUGCACCAACUACAACACGCCGGACUGGAUCAAAACCCAGCCCCCUUCACCGGCGCCAACAGGUGAUACCUACGACCCGGAGCUGGACCAGACCAACACCACGGUGUACAUCAGCUGCGGGGUCGUAGCGCUCGUCAUUGCCAUUGGGAUUUCUGCUAAAGUUGCCUAUGAUAAAGCCACCAAGCCCCCUCAGGAAAUGAAUGUGCAUAGAGCCCUGGCAGACAUUCUGAGGCAACAAGGACCAGUUCCAAUAUCUCAGUAUGAACAUGAAAACAUUGCAGCGAUUGAUGGGUCACCCAAAGACGAGACACCGGUCAGAACCUCGAAGAAUCACUACACACCUGUUCACGCCAAGGCAUCAAACCACGGGCACUAUGGCAAAGAAAACCUGCGCAGUGGAGGUCAAGACAUGCACAACUUCAUUUCCUCUGGGUUUGUGACACUCGGACGAGGCCACUUGAAAGCGCAGCACUCCAUAGACGAAUCGGGGCAGAUGUCCUGGCAGGGCGAUCUGGACAUCCCCAUGUCCUACGGAAACCACCACCAUGACUUCCAGCACAGCCACCUGGAUCUGACCGCGCUCACACCUAAACUGGCCCACAGACAAAUGAGAUAUGAGAGACCCCAGCGGAUGAACAACAUCCUGACCUCAGCCACGGAGCCCUACGACCUGUCCCUGUCCAGAUCCUUCCAGAACCUCAGCCAUCUGCCGCCCUCCUACGAGCUGGCCCUCAAGUCUGACUUAAGUAAAUACUCCUCCUCUCUCCACAGAUUAAGUGAUAAGGACAUAGAUGACUACUACACGAGGAAGCAUCAUCAUCCUGACUUUGGUGGCCGGGGACCAACCCACAUGGUGAAGCUGAACGCAGAUCCCCAACAGCACCAGCAGCGCCAGCGUCCCCGCCGAGUCCAGAGGGCCAUGUCCCAGGACCACGUCUUGUCUCCUCCCAGGACGCCACGUCGUGGAGAUUACGGCUUAUCUUCAUACGGCGUCAUGGCGGCUGCCGCAUACAGCAGCAGCCGGCACCUCUCAGAGGAGCAGCUACUGUCAGCAGACCGCCUCCACUCCCAGGAUCCCUUGCUGUCCCCGGCGAUGAGGCGCGACAAGUUCCGGGAGAAGGCGAUGGCGCGGGCUAUGUCUCACGCCGACAUGCUAAUGCCCGUCACGCCCGUCAUGGACCGCCACAAGAUGACCAAGAUGCACUCUCAACCCAGUGCCUCUAACGACUCCUACAACACGCUGACGGUCAACCACCAAGCAACCACGUCUAAGAGGCAGGCGUUUGCCAACCGACGAACACACACGGUGGACCACCUACAGUACAUUCCUGGCCACCACCACACAUACCGCACUGCCAGUAAGAACGAAGUAACGGUUUAACCGCAGAGUGGUUAGCUGAAGGAUUCCUGAAACACAUCACGGACGUCAACAGAAAUCUCCAAAAUCAGCAAGUCUCCUCAGCAGAGGUGUUCUGUCUUCUACUUAAAACAACCUUCUACAUUAAAACUCUUCCUGCUUUUUAGCACAAGCUUCCUGUGUCAUCCAGAAUCAACCCCGGCAAAGACAUCUCUCUCU